CUCUCCAAGCAAUAUUUCUUUUAAUUUCUGCGAGUUUUCUUUCUUUCAUACGAAUAAGUAGGUAGGUACCUACGAGUCGGUCAUGUGACUAGGUUAAAUCUCACGUGCACUUCAUAGGUAUACAUGUAGGUUAACUAAAUUCACCCGGCCGGAUCUCACUUCCCGGAGAGAGGCUUUUUUACGUAGAUCAUCAGAAAUUCGGGCAAGUGCCUACCUAGGUAGGAAGCAUCACAUGUAUAUACCUAUAUAGGCUCAGUAAGUAGUUAUUAGACUGCUAGUACGUGUAGGCACCUACUACGCCAUCAAUCAUCACGAUGCCAACCCCAAUCCCAACCCCGAACCCGGACCCAAACCCCACCCGGCCCUUCAUCCUAGUAGUCUGCCACGCACUAACCGGCCACCUCGCCCCUCUCCUCCGCAUAACCGGCGCCCUACACGCUCAAUUAACAGACAGCACCACCAUCUUUUUCCUCGGCCCAACUGCGCACCGUCACCGCAUCGAAGCCACCGGCGCCACCUUCCUCCCCCUCCUUGACGACGCCGAUCUCGACGACCGGGCCUACUACGCGCACCCACCGCACCCCGCAGACCAGAACUACUCCUCCCUCCACUGGAGCGACCGCGUCCUCAUCGACCUGCGCGCACAAUGUCUCGACCCACUCCCCACCCAAUGGACCUGCUUCACCUCCGCGCUGCGCACACUACACUCGCGCGGCCCAUCCCGAGGCGUCCUGGUCCUCGCCGAGGCCUUCUUCUACGGCAUCCUGCCAUUAUUCCACCGCGCCCCCUUACCCCCAGACAUCCCAUCACCCAUCGGCACCCUCUGCGUCUCCGUCACCAUCCCCGCAAUCCGCAGCGUCGAUCUGCCGCCCGCCGGGUACCCGUUCCCCUAUGACGGGUCCCCCUCUGGACGCACGCGGAACGCGAGGCUCUGGGAGCGGAGCUGGGCGCGCAAGGCGAGCUCCUUGACGGCGUUGCUAGACACCCAGUUGCGGAAAGCGGGCGCGCCGAGUGGGGUGGGCGAAAUAUUCCUCUCGGGCGCGAACUACACGUGCCACGAGACGAUCCUGCAGCUGGGCGUGCCCGGGUUCGAGUACCCGCGCAGCGAUUGGCCGCGGGGCUUCCAUUUCGCGGGCUUGGUGCAGGGAACGCCCAGGUCCCAGCCUCAAUCUCAAACCCCAGCUAUCCAUCCCCCGUUCCCGUGGUGGGCAGAACUCAUCGCCAAUUCUUCUUUACCCCCUUCCGAGCGGAAAAAGGUCGUGGUGGUGGCGCAGGGUACCGUAGAGAUCAACCCGCACGACCUGCUUAUCCCCACCAUGCGCGCGUUCUCCGGCCCCGAGCACCUGGACACCGUCCUCGUCGUCGCGAUCCUCGGGUGGAAAGAUGCCGACCUAGCGACCUACAACUUCGUGGUCCCUGGUAAUUCGCGCGUCGCCGACUACCUAAACUACGACGCCGUGCUUGCGCACGCAGACGUGUGGGUCCACAAUGCAGGGUUCGGCGCCGUGAACCACGGCAUCGCCAACGGAGUUCCCAUGGUCGUAGCCGGAGAGGGCAUGGACAAGACAGACAACGCGCGACGGGUCGCGUGGUCGGGCAUUGGCGUAGAUUUGCAGUGUGCGAAACCAUCCGAUGAGGCAGUGAAAGAUGGUAUAGAGCGCGUGCUACAAGACGAGCAGUUCACAACACGGGUACAGGAGCUGCGCAGGGAAAGCGAGGAGAUAGACUGCUUCGGCAUAGUUCAAAGAGAAUUGCUUAGAAUAAUGGAUACACGGCCCGGGAUCAAACAACGGGGUCAGUCCUAAUCAAGUUCAUUCUAUUAGGUAUUGAAUUACUUAACCUAGUAGAAAGCAUGCGAUUCGCGUGCCUUGGGAGAUGCGGUGAAACCGCACUGUUAUCUACAAGAUAUUGUAGUAGGCACAGGCGUUCACGAACUUCUAAGCCCACCCUGUUUGAUGUUGCUAUCAAAACCCUCCUCAAAAUACCUCAACCUCGCCCUCGCAAACCUCUUA